CAAAGUUGUCCCUGUUGACCGCGAAUUCAAGUUCCUCGAAUCUUCGAACAGAUCACAUCCCCUCUUGCCUCCUCUUCGUCACAGCAAGUAUAACUGCAUGAAGCGGUGCUUUCAGUGCUCGAUCUGUAAGCAUUGAGGGUCGUCUGCGCUCGAGACACCCAGUUGGUGCCGCUGUUAACGGGCACAAGUCGCCAUGGCCCGCUCCAAGGUUGCCGUCAGUUCGGUAGAUCUUCCAUCAACAUCACCACCAUACACACCAUCCGAUGCCAGCCCAAUUGAAUUCACGAGCGCCGAAACAAAGUCCACUAAGGGUCCGAAGCUGUCGGCGCGUACUGACUACACGCGAUGGCGACUGUUGGACGAAGCAGGGAGGCAGACAUGGCAUUACCUCGAGACCGACGAAGCGGUCAAGGCUUGGCCUCAAUCAAUUGCAGAUAAAUGGCAUUUGAACAUGUCAACUGGUCUGCCCGAUCUUCCUACACCUAAGACACCCCUCGAUUCAGUCAAGAAUUCCCUCGAAUUCUUCCAACACCUCCAACUACCUCCCGGAAACUGGGGCUGUGAAUAUGGCGGACCAAUGUUCCUUCUUCCUGGUGUUAUAAUCAGUUGGUAUGUCACAGAGACUCCAAUACCAGAUCAUAUUGCUACAGAGAUGAAGAAUUAUCUCUUCGCACGAGCACAUCCGGUAGACGGUGGCUGGGGGCUACACAUCGAAGGGGAAAGUACGGUCUUCGGAACUGCAAUGAAUUAUACUGCUCUGCGGAUUCUCGGCGUCAGCGAGGAGGACCCGGUAUUGAUCAAAGCGAGAGGAACAUUGCACAAGAUGGGCGGAGCGAUAGCUGGGCCACAUUGGGCAAAAUUCUGGCUCAGCGUGCUUGGUAUAUGCCAAUGGGAAAUUGUCAACCCUAUCCCACCAGAAUUCUGGCUUCUUCCCGACUGGUUUCCGGUUUCCCCUUGGAGGUGGUGGGUUCACACACGAAUGGUCUUCCUCGGGUCUGGGUUCAUCUGGUCUCAACGCUGGACAACUAAAGAAACCCCCCUGAUCCGACAACUCAGACAAGAACUCUUCGCCGAACCAUACGAAUUGAUUGAUUGGAUUGGCAAUCGGAACACCAUCUACAAGAUCGACAAUUACCAUCCCAAGUGUUGGCUUCUGAACGUGAUCAAUUGGAUCCUUGUCAAUAUCUGGAUACCAUAUUUUCGAACUAAUUGGGUCAUCAAGAAAGCAGAGGAUUGGACCUGGAAUCUCAUUCAGAUGGAAGACAAGAACACCGACUAUUCAGAUAUUGCUCCUGUGAGUAUGCCUAUGAAUUUUGUGGCCUGCUACAUUCGUGAAGGUCCAGACGCGUUCUCUGUGCAGCGCCACAGAGACCGGAUGGCGGACUAUCUAUGGGUCAAAGGGGAAGGAAUGUUGGUGAACGGUACCAAUGGAGUCCAAUGCUGGGAUACGGCUUUCGCGAUCCAGGCUGUGAUGGAUGCCGGACUUGCAGAGGAUGCCAAAUGGAGACCAAUGCUUACCCGUGCUUUGGAAUUCCUAGAGGACCAGCAGAUGCGGGAAAAUGUCGAUGACCAAGCUAUAUGCUAUAGACAACAACGAAAAGGCGGUUGGGCUUUCAGUAACAAGGUCCAGGGGUAUGCUGUGAGCGAUUGCAUUUCUGAAGCUCUCAAAGCUGUCCUUUUACUCCAGCGCACACCCGGCUAUCCAACUCUCCUUGAGGACCAACGAAUUUAUGAUGCCAUUGACACUUUACUCACUUAUCAACAUGCUUGGUCUGGGGGCUGUGCCUCGUACGAGCCAGCACGCCAAGGCGAAUGGCUUGAGUUGCUCAAUGCCGCCGAAGUAUUUGGAAGAAUCAUGGUCGAGUAUGACUACCCGGAAUGCACCACUGCUGUUGUGACGGCUCUGUCAUUGUUUUCGAAGCACUAUCCAGACUACCGUGCGACAGACAUCAAGACUUUUAAAGCGAAGGCAGUGGGCUACAUUCGCAACGCCCAAUUCCCGGAUGGAAGCUGGUAUGGUAGUUGGGGGAUUUGCUUUACCUAUGCAGCAAUGUUCGCUCUGGAGAGUCUUGCUAGUAUUGGUGAGUACUACGAGAACAGUGAGCAUUCACGAAAGGGUUGUGAAUUCCUAGUCUCUAAGCAAAGGGCUGAUGGUGGAUGGUCCGAGAGCUACCGUUCUUGUGAGACGAUGACCUAUGUCGAACAUCCAACAGGCUCCCAAGUCGUCAUGACAGCAUGGGCAAUCAUCGGCUUGCUCGAAGCUGGAUAUCCGCACCGCGGGCCUAUUGAGAAGGGGUUGAAGCUCAUUAUGAGCAGACAGCAGCCAAAUGGAGAGUGGUUGCAGGAAGCGAUCGAAGGGGUUUUCAACAAGAGUUGCAUGAUCUCGUACCCGAACUACAAGUUCAUCUUCCCGAUCAAGGCGCUGGGGAUGUAUGCCAGAAAGUAUGGCGAUUCUCCGCUGCAGUGAAGUACCGGAGGCAAUGAAGCAUAAUACUGCGGGAAUUGCUACCCAGUGAGAGCCAGGCAAUGAGAUACGGAGACAUCUCCCAGUCGGCAUUGCACCCCCUGACAUGGAUCUCCAGAGGAUGACAUGUCGGCUAUCUUGCAUUAAGAAUAAUAGAAGUAAGACUAAUUUAAUCCAAGAACUCACUUCAGGCGUGGAAUUUUGAGCUUACAUUUUUGUUCUAAAAGCGACGAUCCCUGGGCUGGGUAGAUGUAAAGAAAAGGGGAACAAUGAAGUCAAAUGCAUCAC